AUGAGAAGGCCAGAUGCCUCCUUUCCAGAUGCCAUCGCUGUCGUCUUCGACCCUCGCCGUCACUGGCUCUCCUGCGUGUACAAGGAUCACAGCGUCUACAUUUGGGACGUGAAGGACAUUGGCCACGCCCGGAAAGUGUGGUCUGAUCUCUUCCACAGCUCCUUUGUCUGGAACGUGGAGGUGUAUCCUGAGUUUGAAGCCCACCAAGGCUGUUUGCCCCCAGGGUCCUUCCUAACCUGUUCCUCGGACAGCACUAUACGGUUCUGGAACUUGGAAAACAACACGCAUGGACCUUUCAAGAAGAACGCCUACAGCGACAACCUGCUGAAGGUUGUCUACGUGGAAAAGGGCAUCCAGUAUUUGCAAGACUCAACGAAUUUGCUGGAGCGAAACGACAACGUCGGCUACCUUGACGUCAAAUCCGGCGUCCGGGUGAUGCAGAUCAGCCCGGAUGGUCAGCACCUGGCCUCUGGGGACAGAGCUGGGAAUCUGAGUGCAGAAGAUUUGAAAAAGAAGUUUGUAGCCUUGAAGGUAGCUUUCUACUGA